AUGGUCUGGACAGAAACCGCUCCUGGAGUGUUUCAAGAAGAUUUCAGCGGCGUGGAGAAGAUAUACCGCAAUAUGUCCACUGCUUUCAGUCACAUUGAAAAAGAACACUGGGGGAUACAUUGUGUAUGCCGCAUCCAUCUUGGUCCAUCCUUCCGGAAUCGUCACAUCGUAUCUGCCUUGCGAGAGGCUUGGAUAGCUUUAAUGACCGAAUACCCCGGCCUCAGCGUGGUUCCGAAUGGCCUCAGCAAGGUAUUCGUGGUUCCAGACGUUCAAGCUGCGGACAAAUGGGCGGAUCAAACAUUCUUUGUCGAAUCAGUUGGAAACGCAGACAGCAUAAUCGCCAACUCGAAACCGAGAGAUCUACCCGGCCUCUUCUAUUUGCCAUGCUCCUCUGAGAUCGUCUUUCUCAGCCAGCAUUGGCGAACCGACGCCAUUGGCACGUCUAUGUUACUUGACCGCUUUUUCUCUAUUGUGGGACAGCCGCAAGACCUGGCCUUGUCGCAGGGAAGAAGGCCGGAAGUGGAGAAAAUCUCUCCAAGCUUGGAAGACGCCGCAGGAUCACCCGAGAAUGAAAUCCCAGAGCUGCAAGAGUUUGCACGCCAAUACAUCGACAAUUUUCACAUGAAAGCGGUCAACGCUGGCGGUCUUCCAUACAGAGGAGACUCAGCAACCUUGCCAGCCAAAACCUCGCACCAGGACAUGGUCCUAGCAAAGGAUAGUACAAGUGCACUAGUUGCUUCUUGCAAGCGCCGCAAUAUCAGCGUCUCCGCAGCAAUCCACGGCGCUCUGGCCCAUACAUUUUUCUCAUUUGCUUCUCCAGAAGAUCAGCUGGUCGACUACACAACCGUCACGGCUGUCAACAUGCGCACGUACUUGCCCUGGCCCUAUAACUCCAAGGCUCAUGCCUGUCAAACAUACGUGGCAAGUAUAACUCCAACAGUGCAAAAGACCAGCGAUUUCUGCGAAUCAGCACUUGCUCUGACCCAAGAAUACAAAACUUGGCACACGGAAAAGUUCAGCCAGUCACUGCGGUGGAUCUACAGAUACCACGCAGAAAGGCUCUUCGCGCCUCGUCCACCGGGACUUCCCCCAUCGAAACCGCCAAGCGGUGUCACUCUUAGCAGUCUGGGAGUUAUAGAGCAGUAUCUCGCGGGAGAUUAUGGAGACGCUCUACAAGUCGACAAGUUCCGUUUUGGUGUUAGCAUGAUGACGAGACAGAUUUUGCUGUAUGUGUGGACUUUUCGAGGGCAGUUGACCUUGUCUGUCAACUAUAACACGGCUUACCAUGAAGAUGGCAUGGCUCGGGAUGUGUUAUCUCGGAUUGUAGCUACACUGAAGAAGGAACUGGAGUUGGAAUUGGAGGCUGUUAGGCUGUAG